AUGUUUUUUUCUUUUUACAAACAGAGACCGCCAUCAUCGUCUUUAUCUUACGGUCCAGGCAAUGAUGAUGUAAGAUCACCGGGUUCUGGAGGUACUCCAGGUCCUUUAUCCCAGCCUCCGGGUUCACAGCAAAGCGUGGAUACAGAUCCAGGUAAUUGUUAUUAUUAUUAUUAUCAUCAUUAUCAUUUUGUUUUUUUAAAUUUUUUCACUUUGUCUUCAUUUUGUUCGUUUAUCGGAGUUCAUUAUUAUUAUUAUUAUUAUUAUUUUUUGAUUUGUUUUCAAUUACGGGUCGUAAUCGUAAAUUAUUAUUAUUAUGUGUUUUUAAAAUAUUAA